AUGUCCGCAGAUCUGCUGGCAGAAUUUGGCCAGGCACCUGCUUCAGACAAUAGGUCCAGCCAGAAGCCAGCGCAAUACCAGAAAAGCUCGUUCUUCGAUCCAGAGGAUAAUAUUGAUUUUUUCGGACCGUCGGGAAGUGUCCAACAUAGCAAACCUCCCAAUCCGACCUCGGGAGCAAACCAAUUUACAACUCCGGCUUCGUGGCAAGGCCCUGGUCAUCCGGGAUUUGACCUUCCCUUGAAUCCGCAUAGCGAUGUAUUAUUCGAUGCCGAAUUUGAGACACUAGCGAGUGAUGCAGAUGAUGACUGGGGUGAAUUUGAGGGCCCUGAUUCAAGCACUCAACCUGCACAAUCAACAUCUCUUCAGCAAUCAAUGACAGCUCCAUCUCCAAAACCAGAGCCUCGGCAAAAUGACGCACAGUUUUCUAGAACAAUUGACUUGCUAGAUUCACUGUCAAUGCAAGAUUCCGCACCGGUUGUGAAACAGCCGUCGAAAAUUGUCAAAAAGAACCAACACCCCCAACCUAGUAAUAACCAAGACCAAGCGGCAUGGGAGGAUGAUUCAUUUGGUGACUGGGGCGAUUUCGCUGAUGCACCUGCUAGCCAGCCUACCCCCAAAGUCUCUGAAAAGAGAAUAAAACCACGCACAAAACUACCCCCAAAGCCGCCUGUCAAAUCCAAUAAACCGCUUGCAUCAACCUGGGAUGAUGAUGCCUUCGAUGAUUGGGGUGAUUUUUCAGAUGGGCCUGGUGUCAAGCCUGUGCCUAAAUCCAAACCCACCUCAACACCGACAGCACCUAGCCCGGCUCCUAGUAGCUUUGUCUCUGGGAGCACAACCCCCGCAGCUACCGUCCGUCCAACAAAUAUCCCACCGCCAUCAGUCCUUCUUGAGUUAUUCUUAGAUGUGUUUGAGAAUCUUCAAAAGGAGGCUGCACUUGCAAAAUCCCAGCUGCGAUCUUUGGCCUCACCGUCAUCCUCAUCUUCAAACACCGUUUCAACAACAGCCUUAAAUAUUCACAAUGUACUUCAAUCGGCCGCCCGUGUAAUUGCAGGGCGAAGUCUCCGGUGGAAACGUGAUACAAUUCUCAGUCAAAGCAUGCGAAUCGGCCCUGCCCGUUCCGGCAAAGCCGGUGGUAUGAAACUUAACAGCGUGAACAAGCAAGAAAACAUCAAAGAGGAACAAGACGCAGUUGACGUGAUUACUACUUGGCGUGAGCGGGCGGCGGUUUUCAAUGCUGUCCUACAAGCCGCAGGCCAGCGGCCAAUCCCUACGGUCCCAGAUCCUAGUGCACUCAAAGUUAUUACGGCGCGGGCGGAUCAGGGCGCACUGAAGGCCUCCCAUCCAUGUGCACUCUGUUCGCUUAAGAGAGAUGAGCGGGUUUUACGGGUGGAUGAAGAAAACGUUCAAGAUAGCUUUGGAGAGUGGUGGACUGAGCAUUGGGGCCACACAGCAUGCAGGCAAUUUUGGGAGACGAACCGAAAUCUGCUUGUGCAACGGUAA